AUGGAUUUUACAUGUUCAUCGAAUGAGUCGAAUGAAAAUAAGAAUUGCAAAAUGAACAAAACCACUUUAGGCCACAAGGAGUCCGUGAAGAAAUCCUGUGCCGCGAAAAUAUUUGAUGAAGGAAUCAAUAUUACUAAUCGUUCCGCUGAGAAUUAUCACGAGCCUCUGGAGGCCUCACAUGGAGCGCGGAUCAUGGCUAAUGAGGUGGGCGUUCCCCGUUAGUUGAGCUUUUUCUUCCCUAAAAUCACAAUUUUGCACAACAGUUUUAUGUAAUGGGAGAAGCACGAAAAAAAACUUUUGGUUUUUCGCGAACGCGCGAAUGGACUUCAUUAAAUACACUUGCCGUAGAAAUAAGUCAAAAUUAAUUCAAAUUGAAUUGAAAAUCGGUUUUCUCCAAAAUUAGCUCAGUUUUGAGUCCGUCAAACAUUUGAGAAUAAUUGAACGCAAAUGGAAAUUUUUUGCAUCAAAGGUUUUCAGGCAAAUGAGUUUGAAAAAAUAUCUUCAUGAAGAGAUUGAAAAGCGCGAGGAGCUAAAAUUCUUAGAUUAUGACGCCACUCAUUAGCAUUCCAACAUCUUUCGGCCGGAAGUUAAUAAUGUCCUGCAUCCCAAAUCUUCUUGUUUACUUUUAAUUUCGGUAAUUCCAAAAUAAUUGUUUUGACAUAUUUUCUUCCAGUCUGCGAGAGAAAAGGAACAACUAGAACAGAAGAUCACCUGCCUUGAAACAGAGAUUAACGGUUGGUUUAUGUAAUGACGCAUGCGCGAACUGCGCGCGGGAAAUCCUCUCUCUUCCUCCCUUUCCCCCCCAUCCCGCCUCGAUUCUCCUUCUGUCAUUAAUAAUAUCGUUUUUGUUAUUUUUUCCAGAUUUGUGUUAUCAUUCAUAAAUUGAAUUUGAUCCGACUUUCGUUUCAAGUAUUCCUAAAAUUUAGUUAUAUUUUGACAGCUAAAGAGAAAGAGAAUGCCCUUCUUAAGGAAACUCUUAUUGAGAGAGACAAAGAAAUUGUUGAUCUCAAAGAAAAACUGUCCCUGCUACAACAAAACGGGCCAAGAAAUCAGUUGGAUUUUGCCAAGCAAAUGGCAAUAAUGGAUGAAAAACUACAGGAGACAAGAAAGAACAUCGAAGAACUCGAGAAUGGCCUAAAUUUCAGUUUACUGAAGAAGGAAACAAAAUUCAAGAGCGAGCCACAAACAUUUAAUGGUGAGUAGGGAAAGCGGGAUGGGAAGGGAUGUAUCAACCGAGUGAUGACCACGCGUUUUAUACGACUGCCCCGUCUUUAGGACCCGGUUUAACGCUUCCGGGAUACAUGAGGAAACAUACAUGGAGAGAGAAAUAAUAAUAAUAAUAAUAAUAAUAAUAUUAAAAAUUUAUAGUGCGCAAAUUCCAUAAAAUGUUCAAAUGCGCAUUACAAGAUUAAAAAUUAUCAUUAAAAUAGACUUACAAUAAUUUUAAGAAACGAGAUAAAAAAAAAAAAAAAAAAAAAAAAAAAAAAAAAAAAAAAAAAGCUAUAGAAAUGCACUACGAAAAAGGUGAGUCUUCAGUUUAGCUUUAAAAAUAUUUACUGUUCUUGCGCUCCUAAUAUCCAGCGGUAGUUCGUUCCAUAGUUUCGGAGCAGCACAGGUAAAAGAACGGUCCCCCAGUGUAGCUUUCGAUUUAAAUGAUGGAUGGCUAAGUAAAAGCUUAUCACUGGAAUUUCUUAAAUUAUAUUUGGAGGGGGGUCUAAGGGAAAUAAGAGAGGAUAGAUAAGAAGGGGCUAAAAAAUUAAGAAUCUUAAAAGUAAUUAACAAUAUUUUAAACUCAAUUCUAUAUCUAAUUGGUAACCAGUGUAACUUAAAAAUUAAGGGCGUAAUAUGACAAAAUCUCUGUUCUUUAAGAAUCAAUCUGGCACAAGCAUUCUGUACUCGUUGCAGCUUAUUCAACAAGCAGUCCGGUAGUCCAUAUAAUAGGCCAUUGCAAUAGUCCAGGCGGCUCGUUAUAAAUGCAUGGACAAGAGUUUCCGUUGACUGCUGUGAAAGGUACUUUCUGAUCCGACGAAUAUUAUAAAUGUAGUAAAAUGAAGAGGCACAAAUUUUCGUGAUGUGUGUUGCCAUGGAGAGCCUUGAAUCAAACCAGGAACCAAGAUUUCUCGCAAUUGGCACGGGAUGUAUGUCUGAGUCGCCCACACGUAUACUGAUAUUGUCGAGCUUUCCCAGCUGUUGUGAUGUGCCAAUGAUAAGGAAUUCAGUCUUGUCGUCAUUUAAUUUAAGAUCAUUAUUCAACAUCCAAAGACGAAUGUCUCUGAUGCAGUCCUCCAUACUCCUCACUACAGCAAGUUGCUCAGCUCUGUCGUUGGGACUGAAUGAGAUGUAAACUUGAGAGUCGUCAGCGUAACAAUGAAUCGUGGGCAAAUGAUAUUCAAUGAUCUCAAAAGCUUGCUCGUAUACAACGAAAACAAUAACGGACCCAGACAGGAACCUUGAGGCACACCGCAUUCUAAUUUAAAAGGUUCCGACAGCGAAUCGUUAAUCAUUAUCCGUUGAGUUCUACCAGACAAAUAGGACGUAAACCAGGAGAGGGCUUUCCCAUGUAUACCAAAUGAUGACUCAAGUCGACGUAGCAUGGUGUCGUGAUCAACUGUGUCGAAGGCAGCACUUAAAUCGAGCAGAAUAAGCAGAGUAACACGUUGACUGUUCAUGUUAAGGAGAAUAUCAUUCAUAACCUUAAGGAGUGCAGUUUCUGUGCUGUGGUUCUGUCGAUAGGCGGAUUGAAACACUGGGAACAGAUUGUUGCCAUUCAGAUAAUGCUGUAGCUGCUUGGCAACAACAGUCUCAACCAGCUUUGAGAUAAAUGCCAAAUUACUCACGGGUCUGUAGUUCUUAAAAACAAGAGGUAAUCCAUCCUUCUUCAACAGCGGCCUUACUAGAGCACUUUUCCAGGUGCGUGGAAAAUAACCAGAAUCAAGCGAAAGAUUUAUUAUUUUCGUGAUCGGAGGUAGUAGCACAUCGGCGAAGUCCGUAAGAAGUUUGGUUGGAAUAGGAUCAAGAAGACAAGAUUUCUUUGAUGAAGCUUUGAUUAAAUCAAAACCUCUGAUUCGGACAGGAGAGUAAAUUCUGAAAAACAGGAAGCAGUCACAGUACUGGCAGCGUCGAUGGUGACAGGAAGGCGGCUCUGGUUUGCAAUAACAGACUUGAUAUCAGCAAUUUUUUUUAGCAAAGAAUUUUCCAAAAUCAUUAGCCAACUGAUAAUCAUUAGUCGACAGUGGGAGGCCAGGACCAUUUGAUAAAUUCAGCAGGGACUUACUUGCUCUAAAUAACCUUCUCUGGUCCGUGCUGUUCUCAGUUAUGAAGUUUGUAUAGUAUGCACAACGAGCCUCGUUACUCAAAAACGUCACUCGAUUUCUCAUUGCGCGAUAGGAUAGUAAAUCGAUGUGUGCUUUAGAAGCCCUCCAUUUCCUUUCAGCUUUCCUCCGUUGACGUUUAGCCAAUAUAAUUUCAUCAUUCAUCCAUGGAACACGAGAUCUAAUAGUAACAUUCUUUUGCUUAACAGGAGCGUGCCGAUCCAGCAGGGAACGCAAUGUGUUGUUGAAUAAGGCGGCCAGCUCGUCAGGAUCUUCAGUAUCCGUUUGAAGAAGCUCGCUGUUACAGAUUUCAUCCGCAAAAGCAGACUUAUCAAUUGAUCGCAACUUCCUAAAUGAGACACGCCCAACUUUGAGAGGUGGUCGAGGUGUUUUCAAUUUGAAAAGUAACGCUAGAUGAUCCGAAAAUAGAAUGUCAGGCGCUGGUCGACCGCUAAUAAGGUUGUCUGACUUUCGAGUAAUUACCAGAUCUAGUGUAUGACCAAGUUCAUGCGUUGGUUCUGUCACAUGUUGAGUUAAAGACAUUGACUCCAAUAAAUCCAAAAAGCGACAAGCAGCUGAAUCAUUGUGAUCAUCAACAUGGAUGUUAAAAUCGCCAGUUAAACACAGGACAUCGUUAGAUAGGAUAACAGAUUCAAGGUACUCAGAAAAUUCGUCAAUAAAACUGUUCACAGUCACAGGAUGAUUAACAGAGUACGGCGGUCGAUAGAUGAUUGCCAAUCGAAAGCGUAGGGAGCCAGUGCAGACAAGGUAUUCAGAAGAUUCAAAGGAAAUCCUUGAAACAGUUUCGAGCUUGGAAACAUUGAUGUUAUCUCUGAACAAGAGGGCCGUACCUCCACCUCUACGAUCACCCCUAGGGCAGUGUAACAGUUUAUAGCCAGCAGGAGUUAUCUCGUAGCACACAGCGGAGUCGUUGUCUGAUAACCAAGUUUCAGUUAUUGCAACUAGGUCGGCUUUGCAUUCGCUGACAUAAUCAACAAACAGUGCAGAUUUGUUUGAAAUAGAGCGAGCAUUUAACGUGCACAUGGUCAGCUGAGUGUUCGAUGUACUCAAAUGGAGAUCAGAUACGCGGUUUACCUGCACAACGUUGGAGCGGUGGCUAUGAUGAUGGCUUCGAUGUUUAACUGCUCGACGAUUUGUUGUAAAAGACGUAAUUAGUGGACCAGGGUUCGGGCUGAUGUCGCCACUCGUUGUUAAGCGAAGACGCGUUAGGUUAAAGGAGGAAACGGAGUUCGAGUAUGAGAUAUCCGAGCAGUGAAGUAGCGAUGCGAUCUUGUUGAAGAUGAAAAUCCAAGAUGGCGGAACAAACGCAUCGACGACGAGCAACUUGCACGGUAUAAAUCCACUUCAUUAGUGGUCUUUGUAACUCCAGAAUCAUCAAGGGCAUAAGAUGGACAGAAAAUGAGCGUAUUUAGAUAAAUUAAAGAGCGACUUAAACAACAGAACAGAUAUAGAUAAGUGACUAUGGCGGAGCCGAGAAAAUUACGACUGACCGCCAUUUCGCCGCUGACCACUAUACUUUUUUUUAAAUAAGGUCUGAAACACCUUUCACAGGCCAAGGAAGACAAAAAAAAUGUUUAAUAUUUACGAGCGUGACUUAAAAGUACGUUCCCAUUUCCCAAAAAGACGCGGCUUGAAAAUAUCAUUUUCCAUCCGUAAGACGAGAAAAGGGACUUUUGUCUUUAGUCUUUACAUAAGCUUUUAAAAACGUUUGAAAAAGUGUUCUUUUAUGCAUUUUGAUUUUAUUGGUUCUGUUUCUGUUUUUAUUUGUUUUUAACAAGGCAAUGGUUACUUUGAUCCUCAACCAUCAUGGUUUGACACUCUAUCAAACAACGCUGAAUGUCGAGAAGUUGAAAACUUCCCAGUUACAGGAAAAGAUCUUGAAGUUACGAAGAAUGUCAAAUUACAUUCAAAGCCCUCCAAUGAGCCAGCUAAAGGUAUAUGAAGAAGGAAACUUAUAAAAUACUAUUGCACACAUUUAACAAUCCACAUCUGUGCGAGAGCAGAGUAGUCUGAUGAGUGAAAAAACAAUUCGAAAUACUUACAAUUGAUAACGUGUCCUCCCAUGCACUUUGAUUUUCAUUUAUCUUUUCUUUUAAAACCUAGGCAAAGGUUACUUUGACCUUCAACCAUCAUGGUUUGACACUCUAUCAAACAACGCUGGAUGUCUCAAAAUUGAAAACCUUCCAGUACUGGCAAAAGAUCUUGAAGCUAUGAGGAAUGUUAAAUCAAAUUCAAAACCCUCCACUGCAGCAGCGAAAGGUAUGAAGAAGGAAACUUGCGAAAUACGAUUCUUUAACAGUCUACAUCUAUGCGGAUGUUGAGUAGUCUGAUGAUGAAUGACAAAAAAGUUGGACACUAAAAAUUUGUCAAUGUACCCUCCAGCUUAAGUUCCUCGCAAAGUACUCACCUCAUUUCAGUUCGAUGAGGAACUCACUGAUUUCACAAUUAAAUUAACUAUGAAAUCUUAAUAGGAAAACGUCAUUAAUUAUGCAUUGGCAUUGAAUGAAGAGGAAAAAAGUAAGGCGAUUGAGUUUACAAUUUGCUUUACCAGUUAAAUAAAAAAUGAUGCAAUUUAAACUUUGUAUUUCAAUUGUUUAAUUUCUCCUUUAACCGAAGACUGUGUUGAGUUGAAAUGUCAGCAAUUUAAAAAUACCAAUGUGUCUUUUUGUUUAAGUUCUCUCCUUCGGAAUCAUAAAUCAAAAUUUCAAGCUACAGUGACUCUUCAGGAAUGUCAGGUGUUCAUAGGCUCCUAUAAACGUGUAUUGAUACAUUUUUCAUUCAUCCUUAAGCAAAUAAAACUGACGUCAUGAUGAACGUGCAUGCAGUUGGGUAAAUGCCACUGUGCCCAUCCCUUCCUUCCCCUCCAGAGAAAGUCAAGCUUGUUUAGUAAGUGGUAUUAAUCUGUGACACGUCAAAGUUUUUAAAAAACAAAAAUCUUUCUUGAAUUGUACAGGGAGUCCAUAUUCUUACCAACGCCCACUACCUCCUAUUUUGGCGAGCACUGUUCCCAGUGGAACUCAAGUAGGUUUCGCUUACCAGCAAAUCAAUCAACACUCCAUUCCUCAAACUGGUAAGUUGCUAAAAAUCAAAUCGCCAUAA